AGUCAUUCCUAAUGGGUUUGCGGACACAUCAAUGAACGGGACGUCAACAGGAGCACAAGCAAGAGCCCGCUGUAACACGGGCUUCAUUCUUAAACAGAAAAUGCUCGUUUACAGAUAUGAACAUGAACGGUUCACAAUAACAUGCCAUAAGUUUGGAUACUGGGAAAAUAUUCCCAGUUGUGUACUAGAAGACAAAGAAGUGGACAGUGAGUGUAAUCCUGCUGCGGAUAGAUGCCGUGAUAAACAUGCCAUGUGUACUCUUGUGGCGGACAGUAACACGUAUAGAUGCAGGUGUAACCAUGGAUAUACACAUGUUAAUGGCCGUUGUAAAGCACAAGGAAAAUACUUGCCAAAAGCGGAUUAUGAUAGUGACUGGGUGUGGAUGAAUAAAAAUGGGUCUCUCUGGCAUCUAGUGCUUGAACAUGAUCUAGACACAGUACCGAUCUUAGUCGAUGUGCAGGUGAAAAGAGAAAAUUAUGUUUUUCAUGCAAUAGGUUUUCCAUAAGAGGAAGAUAUGCCGUGCUUCAGUAGCGCUGUGGUGUAUAUCUAUGAUGGAAGGCAUAUACACAUAUCUGCACCCCGGGAUACUGAAAAUGCCGAUGAUUUUCUCCAAAUAAGCAAUGACCAAUGGUAUGGUUAUCAACACAGUUGGCAUGGUUAUGGUAGGGUGAGAGCACGAGCUUGGAAGCUAGAAUCACUUCCAACUCCAGAUUUAUUAGACGACACAGUACUGCGUGCAAAUACGUCUAAUGCCGGCGACUCCUUUUAUGAACUAGAACAUAAUCUAGGAGAAUAUCCCGGUCUUGUUGUUGUUCGAGCUAAAAUGAUGAACAAUGGAAGCAGCUUCUACGCAGAUGGUGUGGGAUCAGCACUAAAUGUUUUCUACAAUAAGCCUGACAUGACAAACGCUUUUCUUGUCUAUGGAUUUAGUAACGAGAGUGUACGCACGUGGAUAGAUUCCUCUAUAAGGGGAGCAAUAUUUGACGGAAGAAAACUCACAAACUUUGACAUUGUUGUCUCGGAAGCGACGGUUGAAGUUUAUGCAUGGAAAAUAUCAACAUUAACUCCAUUCUUCACGUACAUGUUCUCCUUAGAGGAUGACAGGUUCCCGAGCUAUGUUGAAUUGCCAAUGAACUAUCCGCUGAGCGAAGCGCUCAAUGUAGCUGUGGCAGAGGUUAGAGGUCCUAGCAGUCUGAAUCAAGACUUCCGGUUUCCAAGUUCGUCGUUUCUAGCGUACAGAUCGCCAUACAGAGACGAAGACGAUGACCCCACGGACUGCGUAUUUGGGGGAUUUACUUUAGCUUACGAAAAAGUAUUGAGUACAUUGCCGUUUUCGGGAGAGGGAGGCCUUAAAAUGAUACUUUAUAAACCCAAAAAACACAACUGGCCUAGCUAUAACACAGGGGCGUUGGUAUGCAUACCAGACUCGUUUGGAGAUGGGAAAUAUUCAGAAGCAGUUUUCAAUGGGAUAGGAGUGAUGUACAGCUGGAUAAAUGGAGAUUGUGGCCCUCCUCCUGAGGUAGAAAAUGGUUAUAUCAACGCGGCGGAAAACGGCACUGAAAUUGGUGCUGUGGCCGUCUUGGUGUGUAAUGAUGGUUACCGGCUGUCCAGGGAAUGGAUGCCAGUUUGCCACUGGGACAUGAAAUGGAGAAUCUACACAGGUUGUCGUCCAGUUGAAUGCGAAACGAUUGAAGCCCCUGUAAACGGAACGAUGAAUAUAACCGGUCUGACGUUUGGAAGUGACGUGACUUUCCAGUGUGACGUCGGGUAUAAAUUAACUGGUGCUGAAAAAAUAGAGUGCCUUUCCACCGGGAAGUGGUCUGCAAAUACACCUUAUUGCAGAUUAAAGAAGAAAGAAGACAAUGAGACUUCUAGAAGUAUAAGAGGACGAGGGAGUGUCAUAGGCAUCUUCAUAGCACUAACGUUAUACAGCGUUGUUUUCAUUGAAAAGUUAUAGCAUUGCAGUCGAAACCACAUGUGGACAACACAAAGAAAUGAAAAGAAUAUAAGACGCGAAGUGUCAUUCCUAAUAAUAGUUGUCAGCCAGCAUCAUUUGUGGUGUAACCCCUUGUCUUAGUUACAUUUACUUUGCCUUGGUUACAUUAACCCCAACAUCAACAGCUAAAUUGAUAUGGUGUAAAACAUCGUCUUGGUUACAUUUACCUCAACAUUAAUAACUUAAUUAAUGUGGUGUAAAACCUUGUCUUGGGUACAUUUACCCUGCAUUCUUUACAUUUUCUCCAGCAUCAGUAGCUUAGUUAAUGUGGCGUAAAACCUUGUAACCUUGUCUAGGGGUUAUUUACCCUAACUUCAAUAGCUUCAUUAAUGUGGUAUAAAACCUUGUCUUGGUUAUAUGUUACCUUAACACCAAUAGUUUUAGUAGUGUUUGAUAACUUUGACUUGGUUACAUUUACCCUAACAUCAAAUACUUAAUAGUUUACACUAAAUGUCUACUUUGUAGGGGAGCGGUGGUCCAGUGGAUAGGGUGUCGCCCUUUCAAUCCAGGGGUCGUGGGUUCGAGCCCCACUGCAGUCACGACCAUGACUUCUCAUAUGACACCAGUACUGUUUUUUUUCAAGGAUGCGGACUCGAGAGUGGUUCCAAUAUGCUUGAAGUUUUCAUCACAAUUGAGCUAAAAAAAUUAAUAUAAACUAAAUUAAUCACUUAAUAAAUGUUAUGUAAAAUCUUGUCUUGGUUACAUUUACCCUAACAUCAAUAGCUUAACUAAUGCGGUCUGAAACCUUGACAUUUCAGAAACAUCUAUAGCUUCAUAAAUGUGGCGUACAAUCUUGUCUUGGUUACAUUUACCCUAACAUCAAUAGCUUAACUAAUGUGGUCUGAAACCUUGACAUUUCAGUAACAUCUAUAACUUCAUUAAUGUGGUGUAAAACCUUGUCUUGGUUACAUUUACCCUAACAUCAGUAGCUUAACUAAUGUGGUCUGAAACCUUGACAUUUCAGUAACAUCUAUAGCUUCAUUAAUGUGGUGUAAAACCUUGUCCUGGUUACAUUUACCCUAACAUCAAUAGCUUAACUAAUGUGGUCUGAAACCUUGACAUUUCAGAAACAUCUAUAGCUUCAUUAAUGUGGCGUACAAUCUUGUCUUGGUUACAUUUACCCUAAUAUCAUUAGCUUAACUAAUGUGGUCUUAAACCUUGACAUUUCAGUAACAUCUAUAACUUCAUUAAUGUGGUGUAAAACCUUGUCUUGGUUACAUUUACCCUAACAUCAAUAGCUUAACUAAUGUGGUCUGAAACCUUGACAUUUCAGUAACAUCUAUAGCUUCAUUAAUGUGGUGUAAAACCUUGGUUUGGUUACAUUUACCCUAACAUCAAUUUGCAAUUGAUUGUCCUCCAAUACAUCGAGGUUCGAUCCUUCGUUGGCAAUCCUUUUUAUGUCGCAUAUGUUAUACUUUCCUUCUACAAAAAUAUAUUUUGUAGCAGUUAUUAAACAAAGUUGGGCUGGGCUGGGUGGGGCUAGUUUAGCCUAUGACUUUGAAAGAAGAUCACCCAAGUUUUAUAUUUAGCAUCGUGUGGGGAAGUUGUCGGCAACUAUCUGAAUAUAAAUGUUAUAUUCUAAUUUAAUGCAUCAACGUAAAAGAACGUUGGUAUGUUUAGGAGACACACUUACAUUUUAGAUUAUCUCGAGCGAUCGAAAUAAGAUGUCGUGCACGCCAGAAUAGGAGUCUAAUGCUCGAGAUGAGAUGAUAUUACAUGACGGCGUUGUUCCCAUGGUGAUUAUUUCAAUUUACACUUAAAUAUUUGAUAAUAAGAAGUAAUGAGCUGUCAUUAAAUUUUGUGCUGAAGAAGACUUUUGUGCUGAUGUUUCUAGUUAUUACAUAUAAAAAAUCAAGUGAGUUUUUCUCACACUCAAAAUUGUGAGAAAAUCAUUUGAUAAUUCAGUCAUUUUAACUUUUAUCACUAACGUACCCGAAGAUCGUGACUCUGCCUGCAAGUGUGUUUGUAUUUUGAGAAGUUCUUACAACUGGUGUCGUAUUUCUAAAGCAUGCUUUGUUCCAUAACAUUGACCUUUGAGGAAAUGAAUCAUCUAGAAAAAAAGAAAUAUCAUUCAAAAAGAUAUUCGACGUUGCUGGGGAUCUAAUGUAUUAUAUUGCAGUAUAGAUAAAGAAGUAUAACAAAGUUGUUCUUUCAUACUAUGCAUGCUUUCUAGCAAUGUCCCCUGUAACUGUGUGAAGUUUCAAUAAAAUCAAGAUAACUGGUCCGUGUGACACUCCAAUGUUCCAACACUCAGGUACCGGAAUAGGGACAUUCCACGUUAUUGUUAAGUUCAUGCAUUAUUGUUGUUGUACUUGUAGCGUGUGUAAAUGUCGAGGGGCUAGAGGGCGUGGACGGUAGCAUGCACUUCCACUACCGUCCAUGAGCAGGCUCAACCAGAUCAAAAGUUCA